AAGGGCCUCGAACCCGAUCCCCACGGCGGGUGCGCGCCCUACCCCCCGCGAGCGCCCCUCCUCCCCUGCGCGGGCGGAGCGAGGGGCGGGGCGGGGGUGGGGCCGCGGCUCUUUUCUCUGGAGUUCGCGCGCCCGGAGCCCUAGCUGUCCCCCGCUGUGCCAGCCGACUCCGCGCCGCUCGUCGCGAUGGAGGCCGCAACUGAGUUCGUGGUCGAGAGCCCCGACGUGGUCUACAGCCCCGAGGCCAUCGAGGCGCAGUAUGAGUACCGGACGACGUGCGUCAGCCGCGAGGGCGGUGUCCUCAAGGUGCACCCCACGUCCACGCGCUUCACCUUCCGGACCGCCCGGCAGGUGCCCCGGCUCGGGGUCAUGCUCGUCGGCUGGGGCGGGAACAACGGCUCCACGCUGACCGCUGCCGUGCUGGCCAACCGACUGCGCCUGUCCUGGCCCACGCGCACCGGCCGCAAGGAGGCCAACUACUACGGCUCGCUGACGCAGGCGGGCACUGUUAGCCUAGGUCUGGACGCCGAGGGCCAGGAGGUGUUCGUGCCCUUCAGCUCGCUGCUGCCCAUGGUGGCACCCGACGACCUCGUGUUCGACGGCUGGGACAUAUCGUCGCUGAACCUGGCGGAGGCGAUGCGGCGCGCGCAGGUACUGGAUUGGGGGCUGCAGGAGCAACUGUGGCCGCACAUGGAGGCCCUGCACCCGCGGCCCUCCGUCUACAUCCCCGAGUUCAUCGCAGCUAACCAGAGCGCGCGCGCUGACAACGUAAUCCCGGGCACGCGCGCGCAGCAGCUGGAGCAGAUCCGUAGGGACAUCCGUGACUUCCGGUCCAGCGCCAGGCUGGACAAAGUCAUCGUGCUGUGGACAGCGAACACGGAGCGCUUCUGCGAAGUGGUCCCGGGCCUCAAUGACACCGCCGAGAACCUGCUGCGCACCAUCCAGUUGGGCCUGGAAGUGUCGCCCUCCACCCUCUUUGCCGUGGCCAGCAUCUUGGAGGGCUGCGCCUUCCUCAAUGGGUCCCCACAGAACACGCUGGUGCCUGGUGCCCUCGAGCUUGCAUGGCAGCGCCGUGUCUUUGUGGGUGGAGACGACUUCAAGUCGGGGCAGACCAAGGUCAAGUCCGUGCUCGUGGACUUCCUUAUUGGCUCUGGACUCAAGACCAUGUCCAUCGUGAGCUACAACCACCUGGGGAACAACGACGGGCAGAACCUGUCGGCGCCGCCACAGUUCCGCUCCAAGGAGGUGUCGAAGAGCAGCGUGGUGGACGACAUGGUGCACAGCAACCCAGUGCUCUACACACCGGGCGAAGAGCCCGACCACUGCGUGGUCAUCAAGUACGUGCCAUACGUGGGCGACAGCAAGCGUGCCCUGGAUGAGUACACAUCGGAGCUGAUGCUGGGCGGUACCAACACGCUGGUGCUGCACAACACGUGCGAGGACUCACUCCUGGCCGCACCCAUCAUGCUGGACCUGGCCCUGCUGACUGAACUGUGCCAGCGUGUGAGCUUCUGCACCGACAUCGACCCGGAGCCGCAGAGCUUCCACCCGGUGCUGUCGCUGCUUGGCUUCCUCUUCAAGGCGCCGCUUGCACCACCGGGCUGCCCAGUGGUCAACGCGCUUUUCCGCCAGCGCAGCUGCAUCGAGAAUAUCCUCAGGUGUGCCCCGACCUUGGGGAUCCCCACCUACGGCCCAGAUGUCCACUGGCGGGGCUGUGCACAGGGCCAAGGGACUGCAGGGCAGUCUCGGGGUCUGGCCCUGCUGAGCCGUGACCAUCUCCCAGGGCCUGUGUGGGGCUCCCGCCGCAGAACCACAUGCUUCUGGAGCACAAGAUGGAGCGCCCUGGCCUCAAGCAAGUUGGGCAUGUGGCCACCGCCUGCCCCGUGCGUUGCAAGAAAGGAUCAACGCCAACUGCCCCCAAUGGCUGUACUGGUGAUGCCUAUGGGCACUCAAAGGCUGAGGCACCCCAGAUGCCCACCACCUAAGGCCAUGACCAUACAGCUCCCCUGUAACUCCUGCCCCCAUUGCUCCUCAGCACCCAACCCUUCUAGGCCCCCUUAAGAUAGACAAUAAAGUCAGUGCCACUAU